CGCUGCGGAUAUCACCCUACUGUCAUCACAAAAAAGUCGGCUCGAGCACUUAAUGUCAGGUUUGAAUAGAGUUUCAUGGAUGAUUGAGCAACCUGUUCCGAAGUAUCCGAUGCUAGAUGCUGCGGAGGCUGUGGAGGAAACCGAGCGCGCACCAUCCCAUCGGGUCGUAUUCGUUUUACUUCAUCCAACCUAUUGAAACGAAAGUGGGCGAGAUUCUGUCACUGUUGCCUCGAGAGAUCGCCAGCUCUGACAACACACAUUACAUCCCGAAUAUCCUUUCUUCUAGAUAUAUCGUGGGUCCUGCGCAAUCUCUGUCCGUCUGAACUCUCAGUAAACGUCAAUCCUAGUCUUAUUUGUUACUUGGCAUCCAUAUCCAGCAAUGGUCAACACUGGCAAACCCUCAAGUGGGUACCAUAUGUGCCGAAAACGGCGUAUCAAGUGCGACGAAGCAAAACCACAUUGUAUGAGAUGUCAGAAGUCAAAACGUAUAUGCCCCGGAUAUCGAGACUCGGCGCAGCUUCAACGAUUCGGUGGAUCAAAACCAACUAAGAAGCAACGCCAUGGAAGCGAUAAGAUCCACAAUCUAUCGUUCGAUGAACUCAUCGAUAGUGUCAUUCUAUCAACGGCAACCUCGCUGGAUUCACCGGAUUAUAGUAUCGAUAGUACUACUCUCGCACCUUCCCGAGAGUCGUCGAGAACGCCCUAUGAGAAGACGACCUUGACUCUUUUCCACUUCCAGAUACCAAUAGAGGAACAAACAACUUGCUUCUUCACCACAGACUUUGUGCUAACCCCUAGGAAAGCGUCUGGCAUAGGGUUUCUUAGCUUUGUACUCCCGUUCAGUGCUCUUGCCAAGACAAACUCUCCUUUCCACCAGGCACUCUCUGCUUCUAGUCUGGCGAGCUUUGGAUCCCGCUUCAAAAGAAAAUCUCUACUCCCAAAGGCACAUGAGCAAUACAUCGAAUGUGUGAAGGGCAUCAAAAAGUCGUUAUUGGAACCUCGGGCGGCAAAGGACGAUUCGAUAUUGGCUUCCAUUCUGCUUCUCACUAUCUUCGAGCAAGUGACCCUCGUCGAGACGAGCCUCAAUGGGUGGAGCUCCCAUAUCGAAGGAGCUAUUGCUUUGGUCAGACAUCGUGGCGAGGAAUCGUUCAAGACGCCAUUGAGUCGGAACUUGUUCAACGGGGUCAGAGAAUUAAUGACUAUUCAUUUCAUGGCCAAGGCAAAACCGAUAGAUAGAUCGAUAGACUGGCUGUAUCACACUCCGGAUGAUAUCUUCGAGCACAGAUACGCCACGCUUAAUAUGAGGCUUGUUGACUUGAGAGCGAUUAACAACACUGUCACAGUGCCAGGGCCCCGGACAACUAGCAAGACCGUGAAAGUAGUGGAACUGCUACACAAAGCGAGAACUCUUGAAAAAGAAUAUCGAGAAUGGUUUGAAUCCCUAUCGUCCUCCUACUCCGCAAUGGCCUGGCUAGACUCCGAGACUACCACGACCACCAAUAUCGCAACAUCAAUAUCCCACCCCGGCCGAAUUGACCAAUACGAAGAACUCUACCAAGCCUACGAAUACAACGUGGCCCGUUCCUCCCAAAUCCUAAUCUGGACCAUCAUCCUGCGCUGCAUCGCCUGGCUCCGCGAAGACACUGACUACCGAAUCUCAACCGAGUAUCGGGACGCCGCUCGACGGUGCCGGGAACUGAUUCAAGACAUCGUCUCCAGUAUCCCUUACUGUUUCCUGUGGGAUCAAGACUGCUCAACAAUGAUGCCUGAUAAAGUUCGCUUUUCUUGCGAGCAUGUGGAAAUGAAGGGAGUGUCGGCUGUUUAUUUGAUGUGGCCGCUGUAUGUGGCAGGGAAUUCGGACUUUGCGACGAGUUCGCAGCGGUUGUUUGCGAAGGGGAAGUUGGCUUAUAUUGCGGGGUCGGUGGGAAUCUGUCAAGCUAGCUUAAUCCUUCAGAUAUCUGCACCUCACCCGUCAACGCUGAUAGCUCUGGACAAAGGCAUGCUUCCAACCCAAUUCACCCAGAGGCAAAAAGGAUGCCACUGAGUAUCGGACGAGAUGGAGAUAUUUCAGAUUUAACAUGGAAUUUACAUUCCUAUUUAUUCGUCUGGGCUGUCAGGAAGUGAAAGAUAAGAGUUUAGCUUCUAUAUACUUCUACCA